UAUAAAUUAAAGCUAAACGAAAUGAAUUGAAUAAGUAUUAAUAAAUAAAUAAUUAACAUUAUAAUUUUACAUAGUAAUGGAGUAUUACAAUUCUGAAAAGGAAAUUAGGAAAUGCUCCUUAGAAAGAAACAUUACGAAGCAAAACGAAAAUAAGAAAAGCAGACAACAAAACAUUGUGAAGCCAAACAAAAUCAAGAUGAAAAUGGAUCCGCCAAACAAAAUCAAGAGAAACGGAUCUGCCAAACAAAAUCAAGUAGAAGAUAGAGAAAAAGAAUUGCGACAGAAGAAAAGAAGAGGAGAAAAGAAAGAGAGGAGGAGAGGAGGAAAAGGAGCAGAUCUGCAAGAUCUUCGCCAUGACCUCCCGCCAAACCGUUGCACCGCCAGACUGCUGCAACGCCACAUCUUCUCGAUCUAUCUUGCCACAUCGACAACUCCUCCAUUAAUUUGUACGUCGCUGGACCUUGAAGACUUGAAGCUGUCCUGCUUAGCUAUGGAUGAAGGAGAGAGAGGGUUUGGUGAGGCUGUUGGGGAGAAAUAAGGUUUGGCGUGAGAGCAUAGAAA